AUGGCGACACAAUUGGCUAUUAUACAACCUCAAAAUCUCGAGACAUUUAUUUUAAUAUGGCUUGAUAGUUUAGUUAAUAAAUCCGAAGAUAAUAUUGAUACGAAAAUGUUACUUCGAAAAACUAUUAAUCGUUUAGUAGCAUUUGACGAUAUGGAUAGAUGUAUAGAAUAUGUUAAAGAUCAUGAUGAAGAAAGAAUUGUUUUCAUUGUCAGCGGUCGACUAGGACAACAAGCUGUGCCUGUUCUACAUCAUUUAGCACACUUGGUUGCCAUCUAUGUUUAUUGUGGAGACAAGAAGCGAAAUGAAAUAUGGACUAAAGAGUAUAUGAAAAUCAAAGGUGUAAUUGAUGAUUUGAAAGAACUUAUAAUACAAAUACAAAUAGAUCAAGCAAAACGAAAUGAAUAUAAAAUAGAUGAACCCAUACCAAUUAGUUAUUAUUAUACAAAAACAAAAAAACAAAAUUUAACAAUGAAUAAUGAUGAUUUUAUUUAUUCUCAAUUGUUAUUCGAUUGCUUAAGUCGAAUGAAAUCGCAACCAAAUGAACGAGAACAACUAAUAAGGCUGUGUAAAGACGAAUAUCAAGAUAAUGAAAUUGGAUUAAAUAUGAUUCGUGAUUUUGAAGAAAAAUAUUCAUCUGACCGUGCAAUAUGGUGGUUAACCAGAGAAUCAUUUGUUUGUCGUAUGCUAAAUAAAGCAUUUCAAGUUACAAAUAUUGAUUUAUUAUAUUAUUUUAAUUUUUUUAUUGGUGAUGUUCGAAAACAAUUAGAAUUAAAUAAAUCUAGUUCUCGAAUACGAACCUAUCGAGCUCAAAUUAUGUCAAGUAAAGAACUACGAUUGUUAAAGCGUUCGAUUGGAGAAAUAAUAUCCAUUGAUGUAUUUCUAUUCACAAUUCCAUCUCGAGAGCGAGCAAUUCAAAUUUUACAAGAAUUCAAUGUAUGUCAUGAUCUAAAACGAGUGCUAAUCGAAAUCGAUGCUAAUCCUAGCUAUCUGAAUAUGAAACCAUUUGGCGACGUAACUUCAUUGAAUUAUUUUACCGAUGUCGAAGUUACACUCUUUAUGGCUGCAACUAUGUUUCAUCCGGUUGAUAUAAGUGAAGAAAACGAUAUUACAGUUAUUCAAAUGGAAACAUGCUGUGAGGAAGAUCCAAAUGUAAAGACAAUUUUAGAUGCUAUAAAAGCAGAAGAUUAUGAAGGUAAACCGAAUCUACUUUCACUUGGCUAUAUACUUUCAAAGAUGAAAAAAUUCUAUUAUGCUGAAAAGUGUUAUAAUCAAUUGCUACAAGAAAUGCCCGAUGAUCAUUAUGCAAUGGUUUCUUGUUAUCAAGGAUUUGGUGCGAUAGCAAUGGAAAAACAAGAAUAUGAUGUAAGUCUUAAAUGGUAUCAAAAAGCACUCGAUGCUGACAAAGCUAAAUUAAAACCUGACGAUCCAAUCAUUGCUUCUGAAUAUAAUACUCUUGCAGAUAUUCAUGUUAAGAAAGGUGAAUACACUCAAGCAAUUCAAUCCUACACUAGAGCAUUAGACGUAUGGAUUGCAGCAUUUGGUACGGAGCAUCUAAAAGUGGCAAAAUGCUAUAACAAUAUUGGUAUUACGUAUGAAACUCAAGAGAAAUAUUUAGAUGCCAUUGAUUAUUAUAAAAAGGCUGUAAUUAUAUAUCAAAAAACUCGUUGUGUUGGUUAUUCUGAGAUAGCUACGUUAUACAAUCAUAUAGCAAGUAUAUAUGCUUCCAUCGAUAAAAAUACUAAAGCAUUAAAAUAUUUUAAUACAGCUUUGAAAAUCUUAACAAAAAUUCAUCCGUUUGGUCAUCCAGAAGCAGUCAAAACCAUGAAAAAUAUUGCUGCUACACAUGAAGCAUCGGGUAAUGCAGAGGAAGCUCUUGCACAGUUUGAAACGAUAGCUUCGAUACAUCGGCAACUAUUACCAUUAAAUCAUCCAGAUGUCGCUGAUAUUGCAGACAAGAUGCAACGUAUUUUUUCUCAAUUAAAAUAA